GUCAGUCCUCUGCUCUCCUCUGAAAAGUCCAGAUUAUGGAGACUUCAGUGAAGGCAGCUGAGGUUGUGCUUCCUCCGGACAUGACAGAGCGCUCCCUGGUGGAGGAAGAGGAGACUGCAGCCUGUGCCCCCUACAGCCCCAUGGACGAGUUCAGGAGAAGACUGGACGAGAUCGUGAGCAGCUACAGCAAAGGUCCCAGUGUCCUCGAGCAACAGACUUGGGUUGAAUCAGACAUGGACAAAAAGAAGGAGGAAGAGGACCACAGUGUCACAUUGGAAACAGAGAUGUCACUAAUCCAGCAGAGUCUGAGCCAGCUGUCGACCCCCGAGGAGAAGCUGCAAGAGCUGGUCAAGAAAUAUGCUGAAAUGGCCUCCCUCCGCCGCAGCGAUGAGCAGAAGAUGUGUCAGCUCCAACACAGGUUCAGUCGUUUGUUGGACGAGAGGCAGCAGCUGCAGAAGGAGCAGAGGAACAACCUGAUGGCACGCAGCAAACUGGAGGCCCUGUGCAGAGAGCUACAGCGCGAGUACACCGAGCUCAGGGAGGAGACCAUUGAGCGCUGCAGAGAGGACGAGAAGAAGAGGAAUGAGAUGACAAGCCAUUUCCAGGAAAUGCUGACAGAAAUCCAGUCCCAGAUAGAACAACACAACGCUCGGAAUGACAAACUGUGCACAGAGAACAACAAUCUGACGGAGAAACUGGAGAGCCUCAUGAGUCAGUGUGAACUCAGAGAGGAGAGUUUGGAGAAGAUCAACAAGCAUCGCGACCUGCAACAGAAGCUCACAGAGGCCCGACUGGCACAGGCCAACGCUCUGCUGGUGGAGGCCGAAGACAAGCACAAGAGAGAGAAGGAAUAUCUUCUUAGGGAGGCUAUUGACAAAACAAAGAAAUGCUUCGCUAUGAAGGAGCAGGAGCUGACCAUGAAGAAGAAGCUAGCUCUGUACGCUCAGAAGUUCGACGAAUUUCAGGGAACUUUGGCCAAAAGCAAUGAAAUCUUCCACCGCUUCAAGAAAGAAAUGGACACAAUGUCUGAGAAGAUGAAGAAAAUGGAGAAAGAAUCCACCCUGUGGAAGACCAGAUUUGAGAAUUGCAACAAGGCCCUGACAGACAUGCUCGAGGAGAGAACAGAAAAGGGCAAAGAAUAUGACUUGUUUGUCUUGAAGAUCCAAAAGUUGGAGAAACUGUGCCGCACUCUUCAAGAGGAACGCAAAAUCCUCUACGAAAAAAUCAAAGAUCUUCGCCUCGCCAAUGCCAACAUCCCAGCCAAACUGCUCGGCCUUCCUCCCCCUGAAACAGAAAAUAUUUUGACCCACGAGGAUAUCGAUGAAAUGCAAAGUCAGGACCCAGUACUGACCCAGGACAUGGCACGACUCAAAGAGGAGCAGGCCAAGCUUCAGCUUUUUGCAGAAUCCUUGUUUGAUGAUGACAUAGUGGAAGAUGUGGUUGACUUGGACUUGGGGGAAGAAGACAGGAUUGCGUCUGCGUUUGCCCAGUUUAAGACCAAAAAGGAUUCAGAAGAAGUUAAAGAUGCUGUAAAAGAAGAAGUAGAAGUAUCAACAACAAAGAAAGAAGAGAAAGUGGAAGACUCCAAACAAGAGGAUGAGAAAUGCCCACAAGAAACAACACAGAUGGAAAAACCAAAGGAGGACACAAAGGUUGAACGAGACGUCACUGAAGAGAAAGUUGAAUCUACUCCAGUCCAUGUUACAGAAGAACAUAUUGAGCCACAAAAAGUCAUAGAUCAAACAAAACCUGAACUUCUGAAAGUUGAAGAAGUAAAAGUUGAAGAGGUCAAAGUUAAAGAGGUUAAAGUUGAAGAGGUCAAAGUUGCAGAGGUCAAAGUUGAAGAGGUCAAAGUUGCAGAGGUCAAAGUUGAGGCCACAGUUGAAGCUACAGUGAAACCGCAAGCAGAAACAGCUUCAAAACCAGCGUCCGAAAACUCAAGUGAAUCCUCCAAGAAGCAAGCACCAAAGAAGAAAAAGAAGAGGAACAACAAGAGCACUAGUUAAAACUAGGAAAUGUCCCAUUGUAGACUCUGUGUGUUGAAUCCUUUGCAGUUUUUGUGAAGGUUUUAUAAGUAAAAGCAGUUUGUCCCAAUGGCACUGAAUGGAGGUCACUGAGGACAGACAAUGGAGCAACUGUUUUUCACAGUUAAAAUGUGUGAGGUGUAAAAGGAAGACAAAGUAAAACAUGUCUAAAAAGCAAAGCUCAAAAUGUAAAAAAGAGAUAAAGGAGUUUUCAAUAAAG